GGUGGCUAAUGCCACCAGUGACCUCCGAUGCCCAGGGCAGGAGACCUCAGGAGGAAAAUAUAUCCUGUGUCCCAGGCUCCUCCAGAGACAGGCACACUGGAAGAGCACGACCAUGUGCGAGCUGUAUAGCAAACCGGACACCCUGGCGCUGCGGGGCAAGCACAUCGGGCCCUCUUGCAAAGUUUUCUUUGCUGCGGAUCCCAUCAAAAUAAUGCGAGCCCAGGGACAGUACAUGUUUGACGAGAAAGGCCAAAGGUACUUGGACUGCAUCAACAACGUGGCUCACGUGGGACACUGCCACCCAGAAGUGGUCAAAGCCGCGGCGAAACAGAUGGAACUACUCAACACGAAUUCUCGCUUCCUCCACGACAACAUCGUGGAGUACGCCAAGCGCCUUACAGACACCCUGCCGCAGACGCUCUCUGUUUGCUACUUUACAAAUUCGGGAUCCGAAGCCAAUGACUUAGCCUUGCGCCUGGCACGGCAGUUCCGAGGCCACCAGGAUGUGAUCACUCUUGACCAUGCUUACCACGGUCACCUGACAUCAUUAAUUGAGAUCAGUCCCUAUAAGUUUCAGAAGGGCAAAGAUGUCAAGAAGGAAUUUGUACAUGUGGCACCAACUCCAGAUACUUACAGAGGGAAAUACAGAGAGGACCACGAAGACGCAGCCACAGCCUAUGCCGACGAAGUGAAGAAAAUCAUCAAAGAUGCUCAGAGCAGAGGAAGGAAGAUUGCCGCCUUUAUUGCUGAAUCCAUGCAGAGUUGCGGUGGACAAAUUAUUCCUCCAGCAGGCUACUUCCAGAAAGUGGCUGAACAUGUUCGCAGGGCAGGGGGCGUGUUUAUCGCUGAUGAAGUUCAAGUAGGCUUUGGUAGAGCUGGGAGGCAUUUCUGGAGCUUCCAAAUGCAUGGCGAAGACUUCAUUCCAGACAUCGUCACCAUGGGGAAGCCUAUGGGCAACGGUCACCCCAUGGCCUGUGUGGUGACAACCAAAGAAAUUGCAGAAACCUUCAGCAGCACUGGCAUAGAGUAUUUCAAUACAUAUGGAGGAAAUCCAGUGUCUUGUGCUGUUGGGUUGGCUGUGCUGGACGUAAUUGAGAAAGAAAACCUUCAGGGAAAUGCUGUCCGAGUGGGGAAUUACCUCAUGGAGCUACUGGAGGCACAGAAAGCUAAGCACCCUUUGAUAGGGGAUAUCAGAGGUGUUGGCCUUUUUAUUGGCAUUGAUUUGGUGAAGGACCAUGAGAAAAGGACACCUGCAACAGCCGAAGCCCAGCACGUCAUUUAUAAGAUGAAGGAGAAAGGGGUGCUUCUCAGUGCCGAUGGCCCCCACAGGAAUGUGCUCAAAAUCAAGCCACCCAUGUGCUUUACAGAAGAAGAUGCAAAGUUCAUGGUGGACCACCUUGAUGGCAUCUUAACAGUUUUAGAAGAAGUCACGGAAACCAAGAGUGAUGGGGUGAUCUCUGAGAAUACAGUUUGCAGAACAAAGGAAGUCCACGUGGAACAGCCCGACCAUGGCGCCACCGAGUCCAGGGAAAACCACAGCAGAAAAAGAAACGGUGUAUGCUCAGAUCAGAGCACGCUGCUCAGCAAAAGACUCAAGACAUGAAGGAUGAGCAGUAAACGGCAGAUAAACAUCCAUGGAUAAAGAGAGCGAGUGGAUGCACUUCACCUCUUAGUCAUCCUGUAAACUAGAGUUUUCAGUCUGCCUAGUUUGUACAUUAAAGGGUAGAUUAGUAACAGAGAUAAACAAAGUGCUAAACCACAUCAACAUGAUUAGUUCAACCUCUGGCCUGUUGAUUCCUUACCUGCAAUUCUAGGAAUAUUUGUUCUCCUAAAAUUGAAUUUUCAAAUGCAGAACUCAACUGAAUGCUGCACUUCUCUUGUCUUAAUGUUUGAAAUUAGAGAAACAAGCCAAGUGGAUUCCUUAAAUUCAGAGAAUUAGUACAUUAAAGUAUUUUAAUAUGAGAAAUACUCUAAAUUGGUUAAUAUAUAAAAUAUAUGUAUUUAAUCAAAUAAAAGAUGAUAUAAACAAAGAUGAUGACUAUAAAAUGCAGCGAGCAGUACAGAUCAGAGCAGUGAAAUCAAAGUCAUUCCAAAUGGAACCACAGAGCCCAGAGGAAAAGGUCAGUGGUCCCCGAGAAACCUGGUCACUGGCCACCCUGGGGGAACUGAAAUGGGACACGUGAAGUCUAAGUUACUCUAAAUGAAAAUCACAAUAAACAGUUGGCUAACUCUAA